AUGGCUCUCUCCCACCCAUUUGAUUCUCACCAACUCCAACCUAUAAACUUCUGUCUGAAAGCUCACACUUUUCAUUCCCACUUCCCUUCAUUAUUUGAGCUUCAAGAGACUGAGCAGAGAGCACCAGUAGCAGUGGGGAAAAUGGCGGGAACCAGUGGGAGGAGCGAGAGUGAGAAAGAGAAGACAAAGGUAAGGGAGAGGCAGAGAAGGGCCAUCACCACUAAAAUCUUUCACGGUCUGCGCAAACACGGUGGCUACAAACUCUCUCCUCGGGCCGACAUCAAUGAGGUCCUCCGCCAUCUCGCUAACGAGGCCGGCUGGCUUGUUGAACCUGAUGGCACCACCUGUCGUUCCAAUGUGGUGAAUUGCUGUCCAGCUUGUGGGAUCUCCAAAACAGGCACUGCCACAGCAAUAGCAACGCCAACACCGAGCAGCAGUGUGGUCAUGGGCGGCGGUGAAUGCUCGACAACAGCUUCGCCACUUCGACUGGCUGAAUUUAACAGCAGUGGCAGUGUUAUGCGCUCAAUCUGCCCAUUGCCCUACAUGUCCGAAGGUGACCUACACCACCAGCAGGAGGCCAGGGCAUCCAACAACACCACACCUGUUGCCUCACCUCGCUCUUAG